GAUCCAAACGAGAUCAUAGAAUUUAGCAAAAAGGUGCAGACAGCCGUCACAAUAAACCUAAGUGGGUGCCGGCCCUGACACUCAUUUCUCAGCCUUGUCUUCUCCCUUCUUUCCUAUUUACAUCGUCGCUGCAUCUCUCUCUCUCUCUCUCUCUCUCCAAAACACAGGAACUAUGGCUCCAAAGAAUGUAAUGGGGUUGGCAACCAUUGGGCUUGUCGAAGAAAACACGAAAGAGAAGGUGAUUUAUGGUAAGCCUGUUUUCCCGCAAUUUGUGAGCUUUCCCCCAACACCAGUAUCUGUGACUGUGGUGAGUAGACACUCGACAAUAAUGCCUGUCAACAGGAUUCAAGAUGAACUUGAGAAGUGGAACGGCUGGAUAGCAAAUUGUGAGCUUGUUAAAAGGGUUGCCCUUGGCAUAGCAUGGGUUCCAGGUUAUAUUUGGAAAAAUCUUGGGUUUGCCACUGCUCGUAGUGAAAUGAGGCAAACUGGCGAGGACACCAAUAUAAGUAUACCAAGCAGCAACUUUGAAGUUCCUGAUCCUAAUGUUGGUUGGGAGCGGAACUGAGAGGCAAGACAGUGCUUCAGCUCACAUUGGUUACCAAGGGAAGUGCAAGGUGAGGAGAAGAUGAUACAAUAACCAAAGGACUCUAGUGGUAUCGCCUUCACCCCCUUAAGGGGUGGUGUUUGUUGUUGUUCAUUUUGUAUAAUAUAAAUAAAAAAUAUGAGAAAACGAAAAGAAAACGAAGGCAAGGUAUAGUGGUAUACUGUGUCUGUGGUUAGAGAAUAUAUUGCUCGGUGAACUGGUUUUACCAUAUUGUGUAUUUUUUUUUUUUGUGACAAAACCAUAUUGUGUAUUUAAUUAGUCAUUGUGGAGCUUUUAGUUAUAUUUUGCAUUGGACC